AUUUCUGAAAUCGGAAGCGCCCAGGAUCUUAUGACGUCGCUCGCUGCAUCGUGCGUUUUUUUUUUUGGUUUUCUUUCCCUCAUUUUGCAUUCAACGCGUAGAUCCUACGCAAUACGUUGUUCUAAUAAUAGAUGAUGACGCAGUUGGCGUGACGUCGCCCGCGCAUUGUUUAUUACGCGCCCACCCUUCGUGGAGCGCGCGACAGAUUGCUAUGAAUAAUGCAUCCAUUAAAUAUCACCGGACCAUACGAAGGGGUUCAUAAUCGAUGGGACACCCUGCCGAGGGAUCAGUGGUGAUAGAGACAUGGAUAGCGAUGGUUCGCUGCUGGCGUCCGCCAAGAAGAGGAACAGCCCGCCGAUCAUCUGGGGCUUCAGCCUCGCCAGGGACUCCUUCAAGACGGUCAAAGUGAUCUUGCUGGGCCAGUCGGGAGUCGGCAAAUCGGCGUUAGCCGUGCGGUUCGCCACGAAACGCUUCAUAGGCGAGUACGAUUGCACGACGGACAGGAUCUACCGAGUGGACAAUCACUUGGGGUCCUCGUGGGAAAUAGCGGAUCCUCCCGGAUACCCACCGGCCUCCGCCGAGCCGAAAUUGCGAUGGGCCGACGCGAUAAUUCUCGUUUAUUCGGUAACGGACCGGGUGAGCUUCGACGAGACCUCCCACUUAAGGUUUUUGGUAUCGCACGCGAGAAGAGGCAGAAAGGUGCCACCGGUCGUGUUGCUUGUGGGAAACAAGGCCGAUCUCUCCUGCUCGCCGGGUGAGCGCAUGGUGUCUGCCCUAGAAGGCCAGAAAAGGGCAAAAGAAAUCGAGGCUCACGCUUUCCACGAGAUUUCCGUGAGGGAAUCGGUUGACCAGGUCACGGCCAUAUUCAUGAACAUAUUGAGAUUGCUGACCGAAUUGCACAGCAGUCCAGGACAGCAACACGCAUCUUUCAGACUGAGAGCCUGCACAGACGGAUCCAUAGACACUCUCCGUCGGCCGUCACCUCCUCCAUUGAGAAGAAGAUUUAGCAUCUCCGCCCGCGGGAAUUUAUUGUAAUCGCCAGAUUGGUCUUG